AUGAUACAAGAUCGGAAAAGUAGAAGAGGAGGAGACACUCUGCCCCUACGGUGCAGCCCAACAUCCAGCCAGAGGGUCUUGCCUUCCAAACAGCCAGCCUCAGCCAUCUACCUGCCUCCCAUCCUGGCGGCCCGGCCCCACCUCCGGCCUGCCAGCUUGUGCCAAGCCCGCGGGGCCUACAGCCGGGAACCAUUCAGGCCUCAAGCCCCCCGAGAUCUGGAGAAGGAGAAGCGAAGACUCCAAAAUAUUUUUGCCACUGGGAAGGACUCAGAGGAACGGAAAAGAAAGCCCCCUCCGGUGCAACAGGAGGACUCGGCCCCUGAGCCGGACCGCUUUGAAGAAUUGGUAAAGGAAAUCCAGGAGAGGAAAGAAUUCCUGGCUGGCAUGGAGGCACUGGGGCAGGGCAGACAGUACCGAGGGAUCAUCCUUGCUGAGAUCUCCCAGAAGCUACGGGAAAUGGAAGACAUUGACCGCAAGAGGAGUGAGGACCUUGGGAAGGCUCUUGCCACCCCUUGAUCUGUCUCCAGAGACAGGGGCAGAGUAGCUCAUCCUGGACCACUGGAGCCCACCCCCUGGCCAAGCAGAGUCACCCCCCGGUCAGCCCACCUACCCUGGCCUUCAGUCACAUCAAAUGGUCAUGCAGCACUGUCCUGGCUCAGGGGACCCUGGGCACACACGGCACCCUAGAAAAUGGGCCAAUCUCAGGGAAUGAGCUGGUUCUCCUCAAGACUCUGCCCAGGGAGCCUGGGUCAGCUGAGCUGCUGAGACCCACAGUCACAGACACAGACACGCACACCACACACACACACAAUCACACACACGACUUCUAGUCUUUUCUCGGGGGAAAAGCCCAUACACAGUGAAGGCAAGGCCCAAUCUCACCAUUUUGGGUGUGUGUCCGAGGGCAUCCAAUGGGCCUCUUCCUCCCCCGCCCCAACACCCACUGUGUGUCCUACAUGUUUUCAGAACUUCGGAAUGAAUACGAUUCCUUCCUUCCUACUUGCCUUAGGACCUACUUAUUUGACUUCUUACAGCCUUAGGCAAAUGUUUAACCACAUGAUUAAUUGGCCAGUAAGACACAUUUAACGUAGGUCAUUACAUACACUGUUUUGUUUUCAGAAGGAUAGACUUAUUUGUUCAAGGAGUUAGAAUUUUUCAAGCACAGAUGUGUUUUAGCUGUUUGCAGAUCUCAAGUGGAAAUGAGAACCAACACUUCUUGAACACCCCAAGGCCGGGCACUGUGUCGGGCUGAAUUUCACUUGGUUCAUUCUCUCAGUAAAACCCUCCGAUGACG